ACCUAUGCCCCUAGAAUUUCUCAGUUUCGCCCGCGUACGCGUUCCGUCUAGAAAACGGCACUCCACCCUCUCGCAAUUCCUCUUUGUCUAUUCUCUCUCCUUUCCACUGUCUUCUCGACCCAUUUCAAGAACGGGGAAGCCAAGGCGAUCUUGAUACCUCUCACUCUCUUCUUCCAUCGGACCACUAUUACAGGAGAAAAGUUCGUCCGGUCUUGCGGUUUUUUAUCAUCUUUUUCUUGGUCGCGUGAUCUAAUAUCUCGUUUUUAAAUUUUUUGGGGAAGGCUUAGGUAAAUUAUUAUGCUAAUUUUUGCUGAUCGGACGGUUUUUCUUUGCCUUAAUGCUCUGGAUUAUUCACGUUAUUUGCUAGAUCAUUUCAGAUUUUAGGGUUUAUAGAUGGAUCAGCCAUGGUUUGAGUUUUGUUUGUUGAUAACUACGUAAUAUUGGGAAUAUUAAGUUCCUUGGGGUGAAUAGUGUUUCGGUGAAAAUUAUUAAUUUCUUGAAUCUUGUUCUGUGAUUGAAUAAUUCUUAGAAGAAACCAUUAAUGUCAAUGUUUGUGUAUUAGGUUGAAAUCAGGGCAUCCUUUUUUGGUAAUUCAUCUUUUUUAGUAUUUAUGUAUAUCUGUUGAUCUUGAAUCAUGCAUGAAGUGUUUCUUUAAGCUUUGAAGUUUGAUUGCUAGUUUGGAUUGGUCAAAACUGGCAGUAGGCUGACUUCAUGACUGGUAGUUUUUUUUUUUUUUUGGUUUAUAUUCUAACGAGUAGAAACUACACUCUUGCAUUAGAGUGUAUCUGUUACUAUAUGUUUCAGUGGUUAUAUGAUGAUCUCUUUAAGGUGACGUUUGUUUGUUGAAUUGUAUUCUCCAGGAUGUGUUUGUAGUGAUAAGAUGGGUUUUGAGCGUUGCUUGAGAUAAUUGUAUGCAAAUUCUGGAAAUCCCUAUGGCUUAAACCAUUUCUUUUGUUAUUUCUUCCUAUAGUUUGAACCUUUCUUGCACAGUGUUUCUCUAGAAGUGAGUUGUGGAAUAAUAUGAAAUUCUUUUGAGGGCUGGGAUUUUUAGAUGUUAUAGAUUGACUGGUGAUUGAUGCUUAGUUAUGUUUUAUCAUAAGAAUAUCGUUAUUUUAUCUGGAUAUGAUAGACUAAGUAAAUUGAUUUAAGAAUUGUAAGUUGACCAUACUAUUUCUAUAGAUCGGAGAAGCCAACAUGAUGAUCAGAAAUAUUUUUCAAAAGAAUUUGAUGUUUUCUCUGUCCCUUGACCCUGGAAGUUCUAGCUUCUUGAAUUGCGAAAUACUAAAAGUAUUGAUAUGUAACAGAUUGGACAGGCAAGGAUAAAAGGACCACAGCCCAAGCGAUUGGAAUAUUCUAAUCUUGAUAUGUGCUGGGUUUUUAUCGCCAAUACUUUCAACCAUUAAACCAUUUUUAUAUCCCGCUGCUAACUCAUGUAACAACUGGGAGUUACAUUAUUCUCAAGCAAUAACCUGUCUACAUAUACCAGGCUUUAGGAACUUCAGACACCCAUUGUUGCAGAAGAUUUGCACCAAAAAGAGGAGUUUGGUGCUUUCUCUUAUUUUCUUUCCUUGUAUAGGAUAUAUCUUUCUAGCAGCUGGUACAUCAAGUAAUUAUUCUUUCUCUAUUACAUGAACUCAUUGAAGCUUUUUGUUUCUUCAAAUUUGAUAUAAUUUUUGUCGGUCGUAACAAAUUUAGCAUUGGCCUCUUGUAUCAAGUGUUCUUUUAAAGUUUGACUUAGCUAAUCCAAAACAAAUAGAAGAGUCAGGGCCUAAAUUAAGUUAAAUACUUAAACAGAAAUGGCUGUCAUGUCCAUGGAGACUCUUUAUGGGUUUUUAGCGGACCUAGUUUUGCUGAUUGAGAUAGGGCUUAUCAGAUUCCUCAUGUUCCUUUUCAUGUCCAGCAGUUAUGGUCUUCACGUUGAGAUGUUAUUUCAGACACAACAAGAAUAGAAUCACAUUUCAGUUUUCUAGUUUGCUGUGAUGAAUGGAUAUUGUUGAUAUGGACAAACAGUGUGUCUGGCUAAUUUGCUACCCAUACUUUUACAAAUGAAGGGAAAAAUUAAGGAAAUUUUUCAUGCUUUAAAGGGUCUCAAAUACAUCCAAAAAUUACUUAGAUCUUUGGAAAAAUAGAUAGUAAUGCUUUCUCUCUAUAUGUUUAUAAUAGAACCUUAGACUUGAGAAAAAGAACACUUUUCAUGCACUGUAGGACUAUUUUAAACCGCACACAAAGUCUCAGCUACAUGGAGAGAAAUUCUUUGGAAACCCAUUGCCUUCAUAAUAAUUCGUAUAGCAGAAUUAUGUCCAUCAGUUUGAAUGGACAAGUACAGAGAACCACAUGCAGGUUUGCUGCCACAACAUCGUGGUGAUCAAGAUGCCUGGGGUCAUUAAUUUGUCAGGUAGGAGUAGUUAGGCCUCAGGAUCAUCAGCAACAUGUUAGAAAAUCAAGGUAAUCAAAAAGGAAGAAGGAGGCAUGAUGGUUCCAGGUAAACCAUCUCAAUUGGAGUGUUUGGGCAAAAUUGCAUACGCUUGAUGUUUAACAAUAAGGGGUUUUGUUGAAGAUGCAACUGGUGGAACGCUAAGGUAGGCUCUGCCUUUUCAUUGCCACAUCUCAUUGUUUUUCUUGUUUUUUGCAUUUGAUGCUGUGGUGUGUUGUUCUUACCAGAAACGGGGGCGAAUCUGUUGCUGGUGCACACUUUUGUUCGAUUUGGUUUUCUGACUACCACGAGCAACAAAGUGAUCAUUAAUUAGUGGUUACUAUUUACAGCUGGAGAUUCGAUUGUCCCUCGGUGCAGCAUAAAUACUAUUAGAUGGAUCAUUAUAGUUGUGCUUGUUCUAAUGAAUCCAUCUCUUGGAGUUAUGCUGAUUGGAGCUGUUCAGCAUUCCUUGGAUUGUGUGCUUGAUGAUAUGAAUUGGUCUACAGCAGAAUUCAAGAAACCAACAAUAUCAUGCAGUGUUUUCCUGAUCUAACUGGGAGACUUACUGCUUGGUCUAUUUAGAAUUAUUUCACUGAAUAUCUUCAAAUUUGCAGGUGUUUCAAUUCUUGUAGUUGUGCUGCCAUAGUUAACAGAAGUGGAAAAUAGAGACUAGAUGGAGGAUUUGGUCAAUCAUUCGGAGUCCGCUGUUUGUGAGCUGCACGAUUCAAGGGGACAAGAUAAUGAACUGCAGACUGCCACUACAUGCAAUGAAACAUUGAGUAAAAACUGCACUAUGAGUGAAGAAGUGACAGAUGGUUUGGACUCUGCUGAUAUUGAGAAACUAGAUAAGGGACUCAUGCAAUAUGGAUGUUCACACUAUCGGAGAAGAUGCCACAUUCGAGCUCCCUGCUGCAAUGAGAUUUUUGAUUGCCGACAUUGCCACAAUGAGGCAAAGAACUCAAUUAAUGUUGAAAGGAAACACAGACACGACCUUCCGCGUCAUGAAGUGCAACAGGUCAUAUGUUCAUUGUGCUUUACCGAACAAGAGGUUCGGCAAGUGUGCAUCAAUUGCGGUGUAUGUAUGGGGAAAUAUUUCUGUGAGAAUUGCAAGUUUUUUGAUGAUACAUCAAAAGAACAGUACCACUGUAGUGGUUGUGGAAUCUGCAGGAUUGGUGGGCGAGAAAAUUUCUUCCAUUGCUAUACAUGUGGGUGUUGUUAUUCAAUCAUAUUAAAGAACAGCCAUCCGUGUGUGGAGAGAGCUAUGCAUCAUGAUUGCCCUGUAUGCUUUGAGUAUCUGUUUGAAUCCACAAAUGAUGUCAGUGCCUUGCCAUGUGGCCACACCAUUCAUGUGGACUGUUUGAAGGAAAUGCAGCAGCACUUGCAGUAUGCAUGCCCCCUCUGCUCCAAGUCUGUGUGUGAUAUGUCAAAAGUAUGGGAAAAAUUGGAUAUUGAGAUAGCAGCCACUCCAAUGCACGAAUCUUACCAUAACAAAAUGGUCCGCAUCCUGUGCAACGACUGUGGAGCAAACUCACUAGUCCAAUUCCAUGUAGUUGCUCAAAAAUGCCCAAACUGCAAAUCUUACAAUACACGCCAGACUUAAGAAGUCCGGAUAUACCAUAAGUUUCAAACCUUGGCCUUGUUAUGCUGAGUGGGGCUUGCUUUGGAGCAGGUGAUUGAGCUGGUCGGUAUCAGGGACGAGAACCUUGUUGAUUGCCCUCGCUCACAUUCCCCCUUUGCCACAAUGACAAGGAAACGUCCUUCAUCACUUUGUACCUGGAAUAAGUUCAUCAAUUUCAUUCUUGUUUGAUGGCUGAAUGGGCAAUACUAUGUUCCAGACCCUGGACAUAGCCUUUGCAAGUUAAAUACAUGCUCCCUGAAGUAUGUUGAAACCGAUUUUACUUUUCUUCGUGCUGUCUGGGUCUUGUGAUUCUCUGUAGUUUUAUCCAUUAGUAGCUUAGGAUAAUUCUCUUGUUCUGCUAGACUGCAGGCUCAUUCGGGUCAUGUACAGGUAGUUGAAUUUGGAUUAAAUAUCAGUCAGAUUAUUUAGGCUUUUAU